AUGAUAAUUAAUAAAUUCACUCUAAAUUUUAAAUCGAAAAGCAUAGAAAACGAUUAUAGAAAUUUGUAAUAAAACUACAUCAAAUAAGAAUUCACACUCUUUUCUAUACACACAAUUGUAAUAAUAAUAUUGAUUCUAGUUAUUUUUUUCAGCAUAUAUAUUAUACUACUUUCAAGAAUAUACAUUUAAUGGAAUAAUAGUAGCAAAUAUUUUAGCUUUUAUGUUAUCAAUAGUAUUGCUAAAAUUCAUUAUAAAUUCUCAUCCUGCUUGGAAUGAAUAUAUAUUGCCGAUAUUAUAAAUUUAUAUAGCUUAUAUUUGGAAUUUAGACAACUUUUUCCCAACAACAACAGAAGAUCCAAAUUAUGAUUAUGAUGCCAGCUAUGAGUAUAACUGGUAUUAUGGAUUUCAAGCAUUCUACUUUCAUUUCGGUAAUUAAUAAUAAAAUUUUUUAAAGCAAUAUUGCAACUUGGUUAUUAAAUAUGGCCCUAGGCUAUAGCAUUACUUGUUAUAUAUAUUUAAUAUGUUACUUAUUAUCCUACAGAAACAUUAGAAUAUACAGCAAUGUGUUUGACAAUAUUUUUGGUUUUUAUUGGCCUUUUAGUUAUGAAGUAUACUAAUGAAAAGAUAAAAAGACUUUAAUUUAGAGAUAGUAGAGAAUAGAAUAGAUGGAUAAAGAUUAUAGAUUAAGUUUUAGAGUAAUCUAUUGUUGUUAUUAAGCUUGAUCAAAAGUAAGAUUAAUUAAUACUUUAACAAAUAAAUGAUAUAUCAAAAACAAGAUUAAAAAUUUAAAAUAAUAAAGAAUUAAGAGAAAUGCUUAGAAAUGUAUGAUGAUGAUUAUACUUUAGAUGAUUAUAGAAAAUACAAAUAUGGAGAAAGAAGAAAUUAAAUCAAAAAAUUUAGAAUAAGAGAUUAGAGAUCUCAUAAUCAAAAAUGAAUAAUAUAGAUUCAUAACUCAUUAAGUAGAUGUUCGAUCAAAUGUUUUGAAUAAGGAAUAUAAGGUGAAGUUGAUACAAUAAGUUUUAUAGGAUGAAUAUUGUGUAAUAGCAAUUUUUGAAUAGAAUUUAAAAAAUGAAAAUAAUUAAUUCUAAUUAGAAGUCAGAUAUAAAGAAAAUAUCUUUUAAUUUUUAUUAAAAUAAUUCUUCUAAUAAAUGAAAACAGCAAAUACUAAAUUAAAAAUUCUAUAUUCUAUGAUCAAUUUUUAAUAAAUUCGUAUAUUACUUAAUGAUGAAAAUCUAAAAACUAAAUAAAGUUGGGUUUCAACUAUUUUAAUAAGAAAUUAAAUGAAUUUGAUAUUUUCAAAGAAAGUCAAAAUAAUGAUAAAAAAUGAAUUGUAAGGGUUUGUGACUAAUUAAGUUUAUCUAUUUAGCAUAUUAAUGAGUAUCUCAUAAAUCUUUAAUGAAUUUUAAUAGAUGAAAAUUAAAGGCAAAACAAUACUUAAUGUUUAAAGAGUUAAAAUAACUUUAAUAGGAAAAAUGAAUGAUGUAAUAUCCUUUCAAAAGUUAUUUAAAUCAAAUUUAAAUUUUAGUCAAUCAAUUAAACAUAAUUAAAAGAUAAUUUUGAAACAUCUUUAAAAAAUAAUAACAAAUAAAAAUAUACAAACUCAAGAGAAAAAUUAGUUAUUAUCAAUUUAUUUAAAUAAAUUUUUAUUAUGGGAAGGAUUUAAAGAAAAACAUUUUAAUUUUAAGAUUAAAGAUAUGAUUCAUUUAUCUUUUGAGUUUGAAGUUUGA